UGUAGCUUUGCUCUGCGUCUUGCUGGAUACACUGGAAGGAUCAAAAUGCGCUGCUUGAAUACAUGUUCCUUUUAAGACCUUACAUGCUGAAUCUGGACUCCUUAGGACAGGGGAAUUGUCACACGUUAACCAGGAACUAUUCGUGCAUGACGCCCUCGUCCAAAGUGACCUGAAUAGUUACUCUUAACUGCUUCUAUUACCUGCUUUUCUGGAGUUCCUUGCCCCGUAUUGGGCUACUGAUCUGAAACUACAAGUGGACUGCCAUCGAAUUGUGCAUCCAAACCAUGUCGUUCAAGGCAAAGGACCUCACAUACGAUGCGAACGAACCAUCGUUUUUACGAAAAUUGAGAAGCCAGUAUGGAGAUACUUCUGGUCGUCUUCAGCGACCUGCCCAACUACCCCGAAAACUGAAGGAGCAUGAUGAUGACGAUGAACCCACAUAUGUCUAUGAGGAGAGUAAUGAAGUGCUCACGAAGGAACAAUACAAAGAAUUAAUACGCGAGACAACAGACAAGAAGGAUGAGGGUCAAAUGCAGGACCAGGCGGACCAGGAAGAAUCUGGACUUAAACCAAGACAAGACGCCAAGCCAAGUGCUGAAAGAGAAAAAGAAGCAAAGUCUUCCGCACCAAAACAAACCAUAGCAGAGAUAGGGGGCCCAAGGAAGCGGAAGCAAGCGAGGGUAAUUGGAGAUGAAAAUACGGUUACUCCGGAGGACGUACAAGAGCCGUCGCAAGGUUCUCGAAAACCAAAGCAGACGAAGAAGAAGAUUAAGCUGUCCUUCGAUGAGGCGUGAUGCUGACGGCUCCCAUGGGAAUUAUGUAUAAUAUGAUCUAUUUGUAACUAUGGUCAGAAUGACGGUGAUUCUGAGGCCUUGGUCUAUGGAGCAUAGCGAUUACCUAUGUAGCUCCUCAUAUGGAGAUAAUUUCAAUCUAGCUCUCAGGCAGAGUAAUUAAGC